UUGAGACGGGACACAAAAAGCAGAAAGGAGCUAGGAACUAGGAAGUCUUGCAACUUCUUCUGGAUCCUGUGACGUGGGCGGGAACUAGGACAAUCUCCCGGGGUGGGAAAACUAACAGAUCUAUAUCUCGGAUGACUACAGAAUCAUUAUUGUGCAAACUUUUAGAUCGCUCAGCCCCCCUCCGAAAAAGCUCCACAAGGACGUCAGAUUGAUCUCUUUGGAGGGGACCCACCGAGGAGGACAUCAUGCCAAGGAGGACCGUGCAAGAAGUGACCGUGCAGGAUGUUCAAAAACGGAGAAAUCCCAGCAAACACUACGUUUACAUCAUCAAAGUAUCCUGGAGCGAUGGCAGCACAGAAAUCAUUUACAGACGCUACAGCAAGUUUUUCGACCUGCAGAUGGAGCUACUGGAUAAAUUCCCAGUGGAAGGAGGUCAGAAAGAUCCCAAGCGCAGGAUCAUUCCCUUCCUACCAGGAAAGAUCCUGUUCAGAAGGAGUCAUAUCAGAGAUGUGGCCAUGAAAAGGCUGAGGCCCAUCAAUGAAUACUGCAGGGCCCUCAUCCAGCUUCCAGUCUACAUUUCUCAGUGCGAAGAGGUCAGAGUGUUUUUUGAGACCAGACCUGAAGACCUCAACCCACCUAAAGAGGAACCAACAGGAAAGAAGAAAUCAGGGUUUGUGGAGAGAGUGACUACUUUCCUAAAGCCAGGAGAUGCCACCUCGGCGGACCCGCUCCUGUUGGACCAGUAUGUGGCGGUAACGGACUACGAGAAGCAGGAGAGCUCUGAGAUCAGCCUACGGGUGGGUCAGGUGGUGGAGGUCAUUGAGAAAAAUGAGUCGGGCUGGUGGUUUGUGAGUUCAGAAGAUGCCCAGGGUUGGGUUCCUGCCACCUGCCUGGAGGCCCAGGAUGACCCUGAUGACUUCACUUUCCCAGGAGACGAAGAGGAGAAAUAUUCAGUGAUUUAUCCCUACUCUGCUCGGGGCCAGGAUGAGAUUGACUUGGAAAGAGGAAUGAUCGUGGAGGUUAUUCAGAAGAACUUGGAGGGUUGGUGGAAAAUCAGGUACCAGGGAUGUGAGGGCUGGGCCCCAGCUUCCUACCUGAAGAAGGCUGACAUUCAGAGCCAGAAGCAAGCGGCGGGCGCUGCAGCACACGCCAGUACUAACGACUUGGACGGGUUCUCCAAACAGAGCCAUCCGGUCAACGCCAGCCGAGAGAACCAGAAAGAAAACAGACUCUCCAUCUUUUCUGAAAACAACAAAAAAGUGGGACUGAGACAAAGACCUCCACCACGUAGAGACCUCUCCAUACCACGUGGUACAAACCUUCCCAAGCCGCCUGGUCCACCUCAAGUUGAGGAGGAGUUCUACACAAUCGCGGACUUCCAGACCACCAUUCCCGAUGGGAUUAGCUUUCAGGCUGGAAUCAAAGUGGAGGUGAUUGAGAAGAACGGAAGCGGUUGGUGGUACAUCCAAAUCGACGACAAAGAAGGAUGGGCCCCGGCUACGUUUAUCGAUAAGUACAAGAAGACAAGUAGCGCCCUCAGGCCCAAUUUCCUGGCGCCUCUUCCCAAUGAGAUGGAGAAGCUACGACUGGAGGAUGGUGGUUCCUCAGCUAUUCAGAGCACAGAUGAUAGCUGGUCCAAGCCUUUACCAGAUGAACCCACCACAAACCCAGAGUCCUGCGCCCGACCGAAGCUGAGGGACUGGAAGGCUUCUGCCAAGACUUCUGCCGUGUCUGGACCGUUACCUCCGGCCCCUGUCGCGCCACCUGAGGAGAAACCGGCUCUACCACCGCGAAGGGAGUCCAUCCAUAAGAGUUUUGAAUUGGAGGUGGCGGAGAAACCAAGAUCAGAUCAUCUCAAGCCUUUGCCUCCAAAACCUCCAGCGCCAGGGGUCAUCAUACCGAUGGUUCCACCAAAGUCAGCACCUUUUAAACCGGAGAAAACCCCAGAGCCGAAGAAGGAGGACAAGAGCAAAGCGCUUCAUCUUCGGAAUGAGAUGGGUCUUGAAUGUGGUCACAAGGUUUCUGCCAAAGAGGUGAAGAAGUUUAACCUGAAGCCGGUACCCAAGCAGCCAACAAAACCCAAGUCUGAUGUCCCGGAGGAGAAACCAGAGGUAACCAGCCCAGCUAUAUUCAUGAAGCCCAAACCGGUGAUCCGACCUAAACCAGUUCCAGCUGCAAAGCCGGACCCACCAGCAGCACCAGCAGCAGAGAACAAACUUGACAUCACCAACCUAAGAAGUAAGCUGAGGCCUUCUAAACCUGUAGAUCCCAGCACCGCUUCAGGGGACGCCAACCAUCAGAGCGACACCCCAGCGACCGGUUCCCACCCUAGCAACCCCCCUCAUAGCUCAUCACCUAUUCAAACAUCUCUAAAUAAUGGCAAGAACUGCGAGGAACCCAAAUUUUCUCCAAAACACAUGAAUGGCCACAGUCAGGAGAAACCAGCAGUGCCUCCUCACAAGGAUGCUCCUCAAAGACCCCCAGCCUUGGCUCCGAGACGACCUCCCCCUCCAAAGAAGGCCGAGCCGUCCAGCCCUACAGAGCUCAAACCUGGACCACCCCAACUCAACAGACCCCCACCCCCUAGACCAAAGGGAUUCUCUCAAGACUCCAAACUGAAUAAAGUCCCCAUUCCUCCAAAACCCCAAGUGAAGAGCGACAAGCCCGGACCACCUAGAGACAAACUCCCACCCUUGCUUAAGGAACCCAGUAAAGACGAGCUGUAUCUGGCCGUGGCGGACUUCGAAGGCGAUGACCAGACAUCCAGCUUCAAGGUGGGGACGCUCUUUGAGGUUCUGGAGAAAAACAGCAACGGCUGGUGGUUCUGCAAGAAUGUAGGAGAAGACAUCGAGGGCUGGAUCCCUUCGAAUUACUUGAGCAAGAAACCGUAGGUAGACAAAAAAUACAUCACUACUUUUUAUUUAGCCAAUAGGCUUUUUUUUUUUAAUUUAUAGGUACAUUUUCUUAUACUUAAACUAAACCAGCAAUAAUAAACAUGGGCUUUUGUGAUGUUUACUUCUAUAAUCGAUACAUUUCAUGACUUUUAUUAGAAGCUUCCUGUCGGUGUUGCUAUGUCAGAGGUUAGGUGUUUGCAUAGAAGUACAACUAAUGUUCACUCCGCUGCCCCAAACACAGUACCCAUAUUUUACAAACAUUCCAGUAGUGGACAAAUAGUGGCAUUUUAUGGUCUUUACAUAAAUGCUACGUAAUAGCAAUCACUACAAGAGUUCACGUUGCCAAGCAGAAGUGCUUUUUAUUUUUAUUUUUGUCAUACAUAUUCAUUUGUAUGUGUUGUUUUAUGUUGCAAAGAUAUGCAACAUUGUUUAUGUCUCACUCAUAGUACAUGAGGGCAGACAUGUCGUAAAGUUUCCUCAAAUAAUGGCGUCACAAAUAGACAGUUGGCUUCAGUUCGUCGGGUGUGUUCACUUAAAGGCUUUAUUUUAAUAUGUGUAGUGAAGCCUUUUUUUUCCUUCAAGACACUAGAUUUUUCUCACAUUUGGUGGUCAUAAACAGGCUCCAGGGACAAAUAUAGAACAGAUAUCAUUGUUAAAAAUCAAUUUUGCAUAAUAUGCUGAAGACAUCUGUCUACAUCAUAUACACAUACCACCUGGAGAGCAGACGUGGCAUCUGUAAAGCUGGACUUUUAAGUGGAAUUUAAAGUAGUCAUAUGUAUAUGUUAUCAUAAAGCCUGUAAAAAUAGUCUUCCUCCAAAAUAAAUACCAUAAUUCCAAAAAAUGCCUGAUGCUGGUGCGUGCGCCCAGGACCACUAAAUGAGUAAAUACCAUAAUUGUGAAUGUUUACAUCAGAACUGAUAGGGCGUGUCUUUAAAUGUCUGACGUAGUGACCGGUGCAAUUAUUUACAGUAUUUUCACACAAAAAAGUGUGUGUGACCAAUGUAUAAAAUAUUGUUUUACAUUAAGGCUUGACUGGUCUCAAGCACGGUCAGUGUAUCAAAAAUAUUUUUGAACUGUAAAGACUUAUCUUAAAUGUUUUUUAUUUGACCCAUUAAAAAUGUAUUGAUGACGAAAGAGAUCAGAAAGAUUUAGUGUUUAGAUGAGUGUUUGGACCGAGUGCAUUCUAUGGUUAUUGUCACCAAUUAGCAAAGUGGAUAACUGGCACAAUCAGACAAGACUUUAUAAUGUGAGUCGCUAUGUUAUGCUGACAAAGAACCAACAGCAAUUCUACAAAACAGCAUGAAUGCACCUAAUAUUGUUUUGAAGUAAGUUGAGUCCAGUACUUAGUAGUAUGGGUUAUCAUCAUGGCAGUAUUGUAAUGUUUGUCACUUUUUUUUUUUUUUACUUUUUGAAAUUUUAAGUCAAUAAACAUUUC